CUGAGGUUUUAUGCCCAUCGCACGCCACAGUUGAUCGUAUCUUUUCAACUGACCAUAUGUUAGGCUUUUGCACUGCUCCGAAAAUCAGACAUAAAGAGAGGUGAUGUGAUUAGCUCAAUGUGUGAAUCUGCCCGCCCCCAUAAUACCUUUCAUGGCCAGUUCAAGUAUCGCUGCAGAGCUCCAGCAGCUUCAACAAUAUGAGACAUAUGAGCCCAUUGUCCGCCGACUUGGAGUCUCCGCUGCUGCGUUGUACGUGUGGGAUUUUACUCUUACAUUUCAUCAUGAGGUCUCCAUUCUAUGGGGAACGAAAUGGACGAAAUCAAGGACUUUAUUCUUCAUUAAUCGAUAUUUUGGACUCGGUGCAAUCAUUGCCUCUGCCUUCUUUAAUGUUGAAACAAACCCAACUAUAUCCAUGUCACGGAUGGUUGAACUUCGACAUUAUCGGUGUUCUUCUGGUUUUGAACAUCGAAAGUUCGUAAUUUCAUGCUUUCGAACCACAGAACUUACCCUGUCUUCGAUAGUCAUUCUCCUUCGACGUUUAUUUGUUCUUUAUGACCACAGAAGAGUAAUCGUGAUCCCGAUGGUGGUCUUAUUUUUUGUAGUCUUUAUCAGUAUGAUGGGCAUAGCUAUUGCACUGAGCGUAUACUCUCAAGCAAAUUCAUUUGUGAUAUUGGGCAUAUGCGCAGGACCAACUCCGAGCUGGUUCCUUCCAUUCUGGAUGCCACUCAUGGCCUUUGACUUCCUCAUCAUGGGACUUGCUGGCUUCAAAUCUGUUCAGCACUACCGCCGUGUUCCCAAUAAAAAAUGGUCUGGUGCUCAGCUCAUGAAGACCUUAGCACGAGACUCAUUUAUCUACUUUGCAUGUUCUUCCAACUAGGAUCCAGCUGGACAAUUGUAAUACCUCCGAUCACUGCCAACCACCUUCUCAUAAAUAUGGAGCAAUCUCGUUUCACAAAGAGCGACUCCGCUACGAACUCAACUAGCAGCGUGGAAUCCGAGUACUCAGGGGACAUGGAGAUGAGGCAACGUCACUUCCAGAGUACUACAUUGCUGGCAUAAACGUGAAGUGUUCAAUGGUUCUGCAUGGACACAUCCCUCCGUUGUACAUGUAGUUCUAUGGUCAUCACUGCACGGCCUAAGUUAUUCUUACAUAUUGCUAGUCGAAUACACCCAAGGAUAGCUCAAAAGAGAUAUUUCCGCGAGCACCAUGAUUUGUCGUGGCUAGGCUAGCGCUAUGAACCCUAGGCCAUUCAAUAUUGUCACUACUUCGGCAAGUGAUAAAUGAAAU